UUAAGAGUAAUAGACGUACCGUGUCGAGAAUGGCCGUGGUCAGGCCGGAUCCAGUCACUAGCUAAAAGCACAAUCCGCAGCUACGUGUUUUCGCGGGAUGUUCACAACACUUUUCGAACUCAGCUCGACCAGCGAUACUAUUCGAGCGGCUCGAUUCGCCACGACUUCGAAAACAAAGCGUUAGAUCUUCGUUGAAACGGUCUCACUGAUCACUGAGAAUUUACACAGUUUAAAAACGAAAGUGGCGCGUAUUCGUAACAGAAUCCACCACUAUAAUGUUAUUGCAAAUGGAUCUAAACAAAGAACGCUUCUCUGGCACAGUAACGUCGAGGAUCACGACGAUGAUGACGGCAAUUCGCCGUUCACGAAAACACGAAGAUCCGUGGUCAGCGAUCGAGGACGAGGUUCGACAGAACGUGAUAGAAUGACUACGUCACGAGAACAACGCCGCUCUCUACCAUCAACAGUAGUUACUUCAAUGUUUCGGGUGGGCGUCUCGUUUACGGUGUUUAUCGGUCGUUAUCGCGGCAAACUGACCAAGGAAACGAGAAGAGGACAAUUGAACGUGAGCGUCGGUGAAGAGGAAAGAAACACGUGCAACUCGAAAACAGGGGUGCAGUGACGCGUCACUGCUGCGGUGCGCGGCGCCCGAUUGACCAUCAGAGUCUGCCUUCCUUCAUGCGAAGAUCCCUGCCGCACGAUUUCGGCACCCCCACCCCUUGCUCAACACACUCCCGUCUCGUACAAUCUCCCUCUCUAUCAGGUUCCCUUCUCUUUCCUUUUUCGCUUCUCUCUCUAACACAGCUAGGACUAAACCGACGAGGUUGCUGCGCCUCCGGGCAAAGUCGCCGAAGCCGAGGUGGCUCCGAGACCGACCAGCGUUCCGUUUCGCCUGAGCGUGUCUAUGGGUGGAGCCAGUGAUACGCUGGCGUGGUCGUGCCUCGCUUUACCGUUCAGCAAACGUACCGACACCAUAAAGUGGGGGAAAUCGAACAAGCAACACCGUGCGACGUCGCGGCGUUCUCGAACCGGCAUUCGCGCCAACAGAACGGUUUCAACGCGAGGAUGUUGGAAAUGGGCGGUGCUUAUCAGAGGUGGCGCCCUUUGUCGUUGGACCGCGCCACAGGACGCCAUUGUCUGUUGGCGGCGCAGCAUCGUACGGCGUGCGCGACGCAUGCCGACGCCUGACGUCGCGACGCCACUCUCGCACGCAACGCCGUCGCGGCCGUCGUCAUCCUUCUGCCUCUUUUCUCUGCCUUCGGCUAGCUGCUUGAAUUUCAGCUCUGAGAGCUCGAAUGAUCUAGGCGUGUGCUUUCGAGGACUUUUCACCAAAAAUGAAGUGUUCAUCGAUACUCUUCUGCUGACAAAUGUGUGCAUUGUCGAUGAAUAGCGUGCUUCCAGCUUUACAAUUACAUCGUUACUUGGCUGUUCAAUAUAGGACGAGAGAAACCGGGACACUUUUCAUCCAUGGAUACCGGUCGUUUUGAAAAAAUGGAUCGUUGAAUGCCCGUAGAUCCUUUUUACGCUCACGGUUCUUCCCUACAGAAUUGCUGGUUUCCUAUUUUCGUCACUGGCGAAAACUUUUCUCAAUGACUAUACGAGGAACCUCGCUGAAUGUAUGUAAGUAUCCUGAACGACGUAUCCAUGAACGGAUACACCUGUAGCUACUGCUACUAUUCUCGAAAUAAUUCCAACUAUAAUAAUAAGCCUUGAGCCAAAACGAACAUAAGGAUGACGGCCCAUUGACUCCGUUUUUUGUACGAUUCAAUAGAAACGAAACGAAUUGUGCAGCCACGAUGAAUCGGCAUAGUAGCUCUCUCUAGAGGUUAGUGGCUUCAUGAAUGAAGAUGUCGUUGCUGCUCAUAGAGAAAUAACAUCGAGUCGAUCCUAUGGUUGUCCAUAAAUUAUGUCUUCCACUUCAUUUCUCUAUUUUUCAGGAUAUCUCAUCUAUUGAUGGUUGGUUGUUUACCUGUGCAACUGGAAUAAAACUGAUCGAUUUCGAAAUUGUAAAGCAAUUUUAUAUCAUUUUGUCAAUUGAAUUUACAGAAUAAUUUUUUGAAUUGUGAAUUAUAGAUUGAAAAUAGGUUAGAUUACAGAUGACAUAUAGUGCAUAUAUAUAUAAUGCUUCAUAUUACAGAAAUUUAUUUCUUUGUUAUUUUUCGUAUCGUA